AGAAAGCAAAAAGGCUAGAAAUGUUCCGUUGUGCGAGCGGCGGCCACGGCGCCACCACCUCGCCUUCCUCUUUCCCCCCGCCCUCGUCGUGGUCGGCCCUCCACUCGCCCACUCCACUGCAGACACCACCCGCCGCCGCCGCCGACGAGGACCACCACCGCAUGCUAGCUCGCUCUUCCGUCCGUCCAUCCAUCUCCCCCUCUCUCAUGGAAGCAAGGAGUGCAGUUGUGUCGCCGGCGCCGCAUCAGCAGCGCAGAGGAGGUGACUGACUGAUGCGGUAUGGAAAGGCUUCUUCAAAUGUGGGCGAAGCCAUGGCGCUGCUGCUCGUUUCUGCUGCAGCUUGACGAACCCUCCUUGUCAGAAAGCUCUGAAAUUUGACUCCAAACUACUGCAGAUCGACAUUAUUUUGAGACGAUGAGUAGUCUGGAGGUUGGAUGGGUGGUGCAGCUGUGGAACGAAUGGGGGAUCCAGAUACUGGUGCUGGCAAGCUUCACGCUGCAGGUGUUCCUCCUCAUCUUCGGCGGCAUCCGCCGGCACAGCUCCUCCUCCGUGCUGAUGUUCUUCCUCUGGUCGGCGUACCUGCUGGCCGACUCCACGGCGAUCUACACCCUGGGCCACCUCUCCGUCGACGGCCGCUCCGACGAGCACCAGCUGGUGGCGUUCUGGGCGCCGUUCCUGCUGCUGCACCUCGGCGGGCCCGACAACAUCACCGCCUACGCGCUCGAGGACAACACGCUGUGGCUGCGCCACCUGCAGACGCUCGCCGUGCAGGUGCUCGGAGCCGCCUACGUCGUCUACACCUACAUGGCCAGCAGCGACGCCGACCUUCUCCUCGCCUCGGUCUCCAUGUUCGUCGCCGGCCUGCUCAAGUACGGCGAGAGGAUAUGGGCGCUCAAGUGCGGCAACAUCAGCAGCAUCCGCAGCAGCAUCAGCAGCCGCAAGUUCAAGACGGAUCCCUACGAGCUGCUGGCCAUGGGCACCACCGAGGAGGAGCUGCUUCUGGGAGCUCACUCCCAGUUCGACAUCUGCAAGGGCGUGUUCGCCGACAUCAUAAUGCUGCCGAACCCCUCGGUGCUCUCCCGAUCCAAGCGCCGUUCCGUGAUCGCUUACCUCGGGGAGGAUCUGUACAAGCUCGUCGAGAUGGAGCUGUCGCUGAUGUACGACCUGCUGUACACCAAGGCGGCGGUGAUCCACACGUGGUACGGCUUCUGCAUCCACUUCGUCUCGCUGUUCGGCACGGCCACGACGUUCGUGCUGUUCCAGCUCAGCGUCAGCGGCAGCAGAGGGAGCGGGUACAGCAGGGAGGACGUGAUCAUCAGCUAUGUCCUGCUGGUCGGAGCUCUGGUGCUGGAGAUCAUCUCGGCGUGCAGGGCCGUGCUGUCCACGUGGACGUGCUCCCUGCUGCACCGCAGGGGCAGGGCGUGGGAGUGGCCUCUCCACGUCAUCACGUCGUUCAGCCGCCGCGUCCACCCGGCGAGCCGGAGGCUCUGGUCGGGCUCCAUCGGGCAGUACAACCUGUUCCACCUCUGCGCGCGCAACGGCAACGAGGUCGGCAGCCGGGCGGCGGCGAGGCUGGGGCUGCACGACUGGUGGAACACGGUGCACUUCUCCGGCGAGUUCUCGCGCUCGAGCACGUCGUCGUUCUCGAUCCAGGACAUCAAGAGGCUGGUGCUGGAAGCUCUGCAAAACAAGGAGCGGGCGCUCCAGUUCAAGGACACCGACCUGAACUCGAGGGGCAGCUUCGUGCUCAAGAGCCUGGGCGCCUACGAGGGCUUCGCGCGCUGGAGCGUCAACAUCGACUUCGACGAGAGCAUCCUCGUGUGGCACAUCGCGACGGAGGUGUACGUCCGGCGGUCCAGGGCGAGGCACGCCGGGGAGCUCGCCGAGGCCACCGAGGUGAUCUCCAACUACAUGAUGUUCCUGCUGGUGGCCAAGCCCAACAUGCUGCCCGGCGCCGCGCGCCACAACAUCCACCUCGCGUCCUGCGAGCAGAUCGAGGCGCACUGCGGCCGCAUGGGCCUCGGCGACAAGGGCAACCCCAUGGCGGCGUCUCCCGUGAGCUGGAACCCGUACUCCAUUCUCAGGGAGUUGCUCCACAAUGACGGCCCUAGCUGCUCCAGUAUCCCAAGGAGGGAGAAGCUUGCGGAGGUGGUGUGGAAUUUCUCCCAAUUUGCACUGGGAUCAGUAAAGGCACCAAAUCCACAUGGAGAAUCCAUCCGCGACAGUGCCAACAUGUAUGCAGUGCUGCUCGCCAACGAGCUUCUCAGCAUCGAGCUGCGGUGGCAGGAGGAGCGUGACACCCUGGAGCUUAUCUUGGGCGUGUGGGUGGAGAUGCUGCUGUAUGCUGCAGACCAUUGCAGCCAAGAGUCCCACGCCAGGCAGCUCAGCAACGGCUGCGAGUUCAUCACCAUCGUGUCGCUGCUGGCGCACCACUUCAAGUACUACUCCGGAGCAUCCAGGGGCGCCGACGACCUCGAGAAUAACCCGUCGAUGAGAACUCUGAGAACUUGGUCUAGAUGAAUUUGCAGCACUUCAAUGUGACCGAUUUGUUAUCCGUUUCUGUACCGGUAUCUCGAGAUAUAAAAGAAAAGAUACGAGUAAAACUCGAAAAAAAACAGGGCAGUACUCCCUCCGUUUAGAAAUGUAAGCAUUUCUGGCUAAGAGUCCGGACAAAAAUGCUUAUAUUUCUAGGCAAAGGUAGUAAUUAUUGGGAUAUAAGAGACUGUGGCUUCACCGGAGGAUAAUGGAUCUUUUUCGCCAUAUGAAAGGUUAGUUGUGGAAAACCAUCGAGACUACCAGGAACUACUUUUGGCAAAUAUAUUAUCCCACAGCUUCCUGUUCACGUGACCAUGCUGUUCCUUCUUGGCCAGAAUUUAGGUCUGUGUAGAUUGGGAGUCUCGACAGCUUCUUGUCGAUGUGUAAGUUAAACUUUGUAAAUUUCUUCAAUCUUAAUGAAAUUUGGUUGGCCCCUUUGGCUGACCCAGCAAAAGUAAAAUAACUGUUGU